AUGUUCAGGACAAGUAAGAUGUGCUAUGGAGUGCUGGCGAAAGCUGGAUACCGUACAGCAGCAUCUAAGCCAAUAGAAUUUUUACCAUCCCGGUUGGUAGUUGAGAAACCUUAUAAUUUCCAUGCAAUUCAUACAAAUUAUGGAUGGUUCAUCAUUCCAAAACCAUAUUAUGCUUACAGAUGGACUACCCUGAAUAUACACAAAGCAAUAGAAGAUAGAUAUCCUGAUAUUAAAGAAGUUCCAAGAUCGCAUGAAGUGUUACAAGAAGUUGUCGAUGAUUGGGGUCGAACGGUAGACAUAAGUACCAAACCAAUCAUGACUAAGACCACAAGAGCAGAUAUAAAGAAACAAAAAGAUGAAGCAUUGUAUAGAACUCAGUUGAAGGAAGAUAUUCCUUCUUUGAGCAUUUCCUCUAAGCAAACAGCAGUACCGAAAAAGCGAUCAAGAUUGGGAACUGUGACGUUUAUUCAUGCCUGGAACUACUAUUUUUCUAUAACACACCCAAAAUACAGCCAUCUCGAUAAAAAAGAAUCAAGGAGAGAAAUUGCUAAUGAAUGGAAUGCUUUAACUACAGAAGAAAAAGACGACUACCGUGAGGCAUAUGCUAAUUUGCUUAACGACGGGAAGGACAUUCACAAGGGAAAGAUCGUAUCCCGGGAAGAGAAGCUUAAGAAGCAGAGUAAAAAGAAGAAGAAAAGUGAAGAUAAGUAG